AUGGCUUCCAUUCCGACUCCUGCCCACUGCGUCGCCGAUUUCUGUCUUGUGCCUAUCGGCACGUCUUCGCCCUCCGUCGCAGACCAAGUCGCUGACGUCCAGCGGCUGAUUGAAACAUGCGGCUUGAAGUAUACCAUGCAUUCCGCAGGCACAACUGUCGAAGGAUCUUGGGACCGGGUUCAUCAGGUUAUCGGACAGGCUCAUACCAUCCUUCACCAGAAGGGCAUUGUUCGGAUCCAUACUGAUAUUCGUGUUGGAUCGAGAACUGAUAAAGUGCAGUCCUUCGAGGAUAAGGUGACCAAGGUGCAUCAGAUAUUGGGAAAAGACUAG